CGCAGAGCCCGCGCCCGGCCGUCUGGCCCCGCGGCGGAGAGGCCAACAUGGGCACCGAGCGCUGGCUCGCGCUGGCCAGUCUGGCCGCUCUGGCCGGUCUGCUGGGAGGCCGGAUUGUGCGCGAGGAGGAGGCCGGCUUUGGCGAAUGUAACAAGUUCUUCUAUGCGGAGACCCCUCCGGCGGGCUUGGCAGCCGAUUCCCACGUGAAGAUCUGUCAGCGCUCCGGGGGCUCAGAGCGCUUCGCCACUCUCUACAGCACCCGGGACCGCAUCCCCGUGUACUCGGCGUUCCGCGGGCAGCAUCCUGGGGCCGGCGGCGCGGAGCAGCGCUGGCUGGUGGAGCCGCAGAUCGAUGACCCCAGCAGCAGCCUGGAGGAGGUGACUGAGGAAGCAGACGCCAUCAGCUCAGUGAACAAUCUGGGAAGCAGGCAAGCCCUGAAUAGAGAUUACCUGGAUUCUGAUUAUCAAAGAGGACAACUGUACCCAGUCUCCCUCAGCAGUGAUCUCCAGAUGGCCGCAUCCACCCUCACAAACACCGUACCCAUGACCCCGUCCUUCAGGGAGCGUUGGCACAUGAAUCUCCACAGCCUAAUGGACCGGGCUUUGGCGCCGCAGUGUGGCAGCGUGGAAGACUUAUUUAUCCUCACAGGCGUGAUGCCUUCAGACCACAGAGUUAAAGACAAAGUGACAGUCCCUGUGUUCGUCUGGCUGGCAGCCUGUUGUGCUGGGCCCAGUGGCUGGGCUAUGGGCUUCGUCAAGCAAACCCAGGACAGUGACAUCAUAGAAGAUGUGAUGGUGAAAGAUCUCGAGAAACUGCUUCCUUCAAACCCUCAGCUGUUCCAGAACAACUGUGGGGAAACUGAGCAAGACACAGAGAAGAUGAAGAAAAUCCUGGAAGUAGUUAACCAAGUCCAGGAUGAAGAGCGAGCGGUACAAUCUAAAGCCAGCUCUGCUCCUCUCUCCAGCACCAGGAACCAGAGGUCUGCUCUGUUGUCACCAGAGGUCCUGGAGGAGAGUAGUAGUAGCCUUUUGGGGAAACUGUUGGGCUUCAUUGUUACCCCAUUCAUCAAACUUGCCCAGUUAAUGUGUUACCUCGUGAUAGGAAUCCUCAAGUAUGUUGUCUACAUUCUGUGGUACUUCACCAUACAGGUGAUAAAUGGCAUCGAAAAUUGCCUUUACCACCUGGGCUCAGCCACUGUCUCCUACUUUGUGACCAUUGGGGAGGAGUUGGUGAGCAUCCCCUGGAAGGUGCUCAAGGUCAUGGUCAAGAUUACCAGGGCCAUCCUCCGGAUCCUCUGUUGUCUGCUGAAGGCUGUGUGCCGUGUCCUGGGCAUCCCCGUUCGAGUCCUGGUGGAUGUGGCGACGUUCCCAGUCUAUACCAUGAGCGCAGUGCCGGUCGUGUGCAAGGACAUUGCUGUUGGCCUUGGUGGUACCAUCUCUCUGCUCUUUGACACUGCUUUUGGCACCAUGGGUGGUCUGUUUCAAGUGCUUUUUGGUAUUUGCAAACGGAUCGGCUACAAGAUUACUUUUGACAAUUCUGGGGAGUUAUAG